UAAGCCAAAGCACAUUCCCUCCUCUCUCUCCUAUUUGCUCAGCCACAGACCAGACAGAGCGACCAGCACCAGACAUGUGGAGAAUAAGCUUUCUGGUUACCUCUUUGCUAGCCCUGGUGGCCAGCGUCUCCCCCGCUCCAAGCCAGUGCCCCAGCCCCUGCCAUUGCCACAGUGACCUGCAGCAUGUCAUCUGUGACAACGUGGGGCUCAAAAAGAUCCCAGAAGCAUCUGAUGCAACACGUCUCCUCAACCUGCAGAGGAACCAGCUGCCUGUGAUCCCCAGCGGUGCCUUCAGCAGCUUGCCAGGGCUCAUCUCCCUGCACCUGCAAAGCUGCCACAUCAAGGAGAUCUCAGGCCAGGCCUUCAAAGGGCUCAAGAAGCUCAUCUAUCUUUACUUAUCCAACAACGAGAUCAGCAUCAUCAAGCCGGGCGCCUUCGAGGACCUGAGUGAGCUCACCUACCUCUACCUGGACAGCAACCGCAUCAGUGACCUGCCCCGCGGCAUCCUGGCCCCCAUGAUCAACCUCUUCACCCUGCAGCUGAACGACAACAAGAUCCGCGAGCUGCGGGCUGGCUCCUUCAGCGGUGCCAAGGACCUGCGCUGGCUCCACAUUAGCGGCAAUGACAUGACCUCCAUCCAGCCCUCUGCCCUGGAGGAUGUGGAGAACCUGGCCAUCCUGCAUCUGGAGAGCAACCGGCUGACUUCCUUCCCCAGCGCCGCCCUGAGCAAGCUACGCGUGGUGGAGGAGCUCAAGCUAUCCAAGAACCCCAUGAAGAGCAUCCCCGACAAUGCCUUCCAGUCCUUUGGGAGAUACAUUGAGAAGCUGUACCUGGACAACAUGGGUCUGGAGCGGUUUUCAGAUGGAGCAUUUAACGGAGUCACAGCCCUCAAGUCACUGCAUUUGGAGAACAACAAGCUCAACACCCUUCCCAGCAGCCUCUCCUUCACCACCAUCCAGAACAUGACAAUCGCCAACAACCCUUGGAUGUGCAGCUGCCCGCUCGCCCCACUGCGCAAGUGGAUGGACUCCAGCCGGCUCCGCCCAGAGGGUGCCUGCGCCGCUCCCUCUCAGUACCGAGGCCAGCAGGUCAGGGACAGCACCGCCUUCAACGGCUGCAGACAGAAAACAAAGAGGGCCAAAAAAGGGGCACGCUAUUAAAGAGGAGAGAAUGGAAAAGUCUGUCCAGGUGACCAGCUAUUUCUGUGAA